AUGACCCGACAUUUUGCUGGGCAGGGAGCACACGUCUCUGUGCUGGAUGUCAACCCGGACGGCGCGAGUAUUGUCCAGCAGCUCUCAUCGGAGUUUCCAGAGGCGGGAUUCGUGUUCAAGAAGGCCGACAUUCUUCAAUGGGACGAGCUGGCUCGUGUCUUUGAGCAGGUAUAUCAAGAACAAGGACGGAUCGAUGUAGUCAUGGCCAACGCCGGCAUUUCCCGGGAAGGCACGCUCAUCGUUGAUGAAGAGAAACCGUCCAAACCUAUCCUUAAGACUCUCGAUGUCAACCUGACAGGGACCAUAUACACUGUGAAAUUGGCAAUCCACUAUAUCAAGAAGAACGCUGUCACUGGCAGCGGUGCGACGGCAUCGAAAGGUACUAUCGUCUGCACAGCUUCCAACGCCGGCCUGUAUCCAUUCGCCGUCGCGCCGCUCUAUGCCGCCUCCAAGUUUGGCGUGAUCGGCUUCGUCCGGUCACUGGCACGGUCAUUAUUGAAAGAAUCGAUUCAGAUCAAUGCUCUGGCGCCUGCUGUUCUUGAAACAAAUAUUGCUCCCAGCAAAGAAUUGUUCAAGCCGAUGAUCAUCACACCAAUGUCGACCCUGACGAGAGGCGUCCAACAGCUUGUGUCCGAUCCUUCGUUGACCGGGCAGAUUGCCGAGAUCCAUGGACAAAACGUGACGUUGAGAGAGCCGUUGCCCUACAUUGACGAAGAUACUGGCAAGAAUAUCGAAACAUUCUGGUCUCUCGGAUAUGCUUGA